AUGAAGAUGCUUUAUAUUUUCCUGACCUUUGUCUUCACUGGGUCUUGUGGUCCAUCAGUUUUACAGAGAAGAACAAGAGAAAAAACAAGAGAAAUUACACAGAGGAUAUCAGAAUGUCAUCUUGUUCGUGGUGCUUGCAAGACUUCAUGUAAUGCGUGGGAAUAUGUAUACAAUUACUGCAGUGUUGAGCCCUGCUGUGUUAUCCGGGAAUACCUAAAGCCAAUCACUAAAUACAGCACGACGAAAGCUUAUAAAGAUGUAAAUUAUAAUUCUGCUACACUAUACAACACUACAUUGAACUAA